AGCGAAUUUACAUCAUACGCGGAAUAUUUUGGUUUCCCCAAAUUAUUCUUAAAUCACUCACGUAAUGAGUUAUACAUCUUCAACGCAUUCAUUUUCCGAUGAUCUUGAAUCACAUGUUACGGGGAACGUGACUUCGCUACAUAUGCUUUGCCUUCCUAGCAACAGUAAGACAUGGAUUGUACUCCGCUCUUAAUGGAAGGCUUAACGCCUGAAAUGGAAAAAAUAGCAGAAAGGGAACUUUGUGAGACAUCACUCGUAAAGAAGGAGUCCCUGGAAAACAUUAAAGAGCUCAUAGAAAAUGAACCGAAUUUCCAUCCUUUCAUGGACGACCAAUUCCUACUGAUGUUCCUCCGUUGUAAAAAACACGACAUCCAGAAAGCUUUCGACGCUCUGCGGAACUUUUACAUCUUUAAGGAAAAGCACUCCCGAAUCAUUAGCAAUUUUCUACCUUCUGAGUUUAAAACAAUAAUGGAUAUGAAAUGUUUUACAAUUUUGCUUUCCAGGGACUGCAACGGUUCUGCAGUGGUAAUUGUACGAGUAGGUCAGUUCAACUGGAAGGAAGCUACAAUCGAAGAUCUGACGGCAACAGUUUUCACAAUCGCACACAUUAUUAAUCGACUAGAAGCAACCUCUGUGUGUGGAUGUGUGAUUGUCUUCGAUCUUAAGGACUUUACCUUGCAAAUGUUAUUUAAAUACGUAACGCCAAAAUAUCUGAUCUUCAUCAUCAGGUGCUUACAGAACUGUUUUCCUUUACGAAUCAAGGGAAUGCACUUAAUAAAUGAGCCCUACUUCUUCCAAAUAUUUUUCGAAAUUGUAAAAGUUGCUUUGCCGAAAAAGCUAAGAGAAAGGAUUUUCCUGCAUGGAAGAAAGCUUGAAGGCCUCCACAAGUUCAUUCCUGCUGAAAUCCUUCCCAACGAGCUAGGUGGUAAGGCAGGGCCCUUCGACAGCACGGAAAUGUUCAACUAUGUCUUGAGGCAUGAAUCUCUUCUUCAAGAGAUGAAUAAAUGUGGAUUUAAGCCGUGAACAGUCACAAACACUAGGUUUAUUCAGAAACAUUCCGUUCCGCACAGCGAGUUUUGAAAGUAAAAUGAAUUGGACUGUAAGAACAUCAGAGUAUGCUUUGAACGUGUAUAAUUUUUCUUACGGAGAUUUUUACGAAAUUUAAUUUAUGAAAUAAUUAAAACAAACUCUGUACCAUACAUAAAUCUCUCCUAUGCUGAAAAAAUUUGUUAAUAAAGUGGUUUUGCAUUUCAUUUUCAAAA